GAGUUACGCCGGAGACCACCGGCCCUCUCCCCGGGAGUCGUGGAUUAGGCGGGAGGAGGGUACCGGGGUAUGGUAGGUAUGUUGGCUAGAGCAUAAUCACUGCCGGGCCCGUUUCCCUCUUCCAUUGACGUCAGAGCGAUGCCCCGUCUAGCGGACCUUUGUCGGUAUAUAAAUGGGUACCGAUCCAAUGAGGUCUCAGUCUUGCAAAGGAUAGCAGAAGAAGAAGAAUGUAAAAUUUGAGUGACUUAAUUCAUAUAGUAUAUUUAUUUAAUUUAUUUAAUUUAAUAAUUUAUUUAUUCAGCCAAUAAAAUCAGCAAAAUAGCUUUCAGUAGGCCGAAAAAAUUAGUACUGUCAGUUUAGCUUAUGCUGAUAUUAGACAUCGGAAAUCGUUGGAAGACUUGCAAUAGUGUGUCAACAGGAAAGAAACAUCAGGAUGUCUACACCAACAGAACAAAGGCCAAAAAUGCUGAAGAGCAAACCAACAUUUUCAAGGUUCAAAACUCUGGCCACAAAAGUGUUUUCUUCCAUAACCGUUGAGCCUCUCAUGCUCCUGGACGGACUGGCGUUCUCCAAUAUGCACGUCUACAUCGAGAACCUUCAAAUGGACCGAGUUUGUCGAAUGAGCGCUGGAUAUUCAGAGGAAGUGUGUCGCGACCUCAAAGCAGAGCCCGAUGCCAGCGUGCAGGUCCAGCAAAAAUACAGCGUCUUUGCUCUCUACAACGGUAUCAUCGCCGCUGUCCUGCCCCUAUUCUUCAUCUUGUUCAUGGGAGCCUGGAGCGACAAGUACGGCAGAAAGGUGCCCUUGGUGGCCGUACAAAUAGGCCACCUCCUUCAUGCUGCCGGUUACCUUUUAGCAUCAUUCGUGCCAUCAUGGCCAGUGGAAUUGUUGUUACUCGUCACCUUUCUCGAUACACUAGGGGGCGGCACCGUUUCAUUUCUGACAGCAGCUAAUUCUUACGUCGGGGAUGUCACGUCGGAGGAGUCACGUACAUCGAGAGUCGGACUGGCCAACAGCAUCUGGUUCCUGGGUGGCCCUGCCGGGACUCUGCUCGGGACCUACAUCUACAACCAGGGCGGCUACGUUCCCCUCUUCGCGACCUCCCUGGUGUUUUCCCUCAUCGCUGUCAUUUACAUCAUCGUCAUCCUCCCGGAGAGUCAUGGACCUUUUGCCAAAAAGACUGGAAGCGAGAGUUCUCAGAAAACUGUCUUGAGCAUGAGGGACAGCAUUGCGGUAGUUUAUGGUCUGGAAUCAAAUGCAUCGAAAGCCGCUAAUCAGAGUCAACAAGAAAUUACCGUCAGAACUAUGAUCAAGGACUUCUUUAAUCCCCGGCGCAUCCUUGACAGUUUCAAGUCAACCUUGAGGAAACGAGAGGGAAAUACUAGGGCGCUUAUCCUUCUACUCAUCUUCACCAGCCUUCUAAGACGCCUCACGAGAUCUCCUUACGUGUUUGCCUUUACACGUCACGUCUUGGGUUGGGAAGCCACCGAUUACAGCCUCUGGGUCACUUACAAAAACCUCAUGGCUACCACCGGAUCCCUGGUGGCGGUGCCUCUUCUCAGCGGAUACUUCGGCGUCUCAGACAAUAUUCUGGCCAUAGUCGGAGCCUUGUCGGGAGUCUUGGAAUACAGCAUCUAUGGUUGCAUCUCUGAAACGCAGAGAUUCCUAAUAUGGCUCGCUCCCGUUGCCGCACUGCUUCUCAAUUCCUGCACCAUCGCUCAGAGAGCCAUGCUGACCAAGUUUGUCACCAAUGAUGAAAUAGGUAAAGUAUCUGCUGUGCUGGGUGCCCUGGAUGGCAUGAUGCCCAUGAUGAACUACGGAGUGUACACGGCCGUGUAUCAUGCAACCGUCGGCGACUUCCCCGCCGCUCACUUCCUCCUGGGAGCAGCGUUCAGCGUCCUCAUGAUAGCUCUGUUCAGCCUCAUCAUCGCCGGAAAUAAAACCCGUGAAUAUGACAUCGAAGGAGCCAAGCCGAAGGAGGUCACAAAGCCCGUCAAGGAUAAGACCCUCGUGUUCAGAACAGACUCUCGGUGGCUGGCGUCUGAGUCACUGGCUUUGGAAAUAAUGCCCUACCAAGGAAUGACUUCCUCCUACCUGCCCAGUUUUGCAGAGCAGCAUCAAGGGCAGGGAGAAGGACCCGCACUGGCAACAACUCAAACCUCAUUUACUGCAUCUCUCAAGGCAAAGUUCAUGCAAGGUCUAAAACGCUCUCUGAAGAAAGCUUUCGGGAGGAAGGCACUUAGCAACGUAUCAAACACCAACGUUGUUGAUCCACUGCCAAGCAUUUCCAAGCUUUCCAUCGACAUAAACGAGCUUUCCACUGGAACGGCGAUUCCUGAUCUGUCCGAAGGCACUGGUAAACUGGAUUCCAUGACGUCUGCUGGCAACUAAAAUUGUGGUAAAGGUCAUGGAAACAUUUGAAUAUCUAAACGACUCGAUCCCCGUCUGUCUAGAGCGCAUACUAUACUUAACCUACCUCAGACUGAUCUUUUACUGUGAUAUGAAGCUCGUAGAUGUAGCUGGUAUUUUCUGGAAGAAAAAUUUAUACGACAAAACUGAGUGAGAAUCUAGUCGCAUUAUUUUUUGCCAUAGCAGAUUGGUAUCGGUUAUAAAGUCGGAAACGAUGGCUGUGAUAUAUUA